AUGGCAACAUCAUUCUUUCAUCCACCGCACCACCAGGCCCAGAAUAUGCAUGGCUUAAAUAUGAGUGCCUCACAGAGCGACCCGCGGUCGCUUCCGUCUCCCGGUUCGACACUGCCGCCCAUCCGGUCCGUUAUUCCGGAACUUGAUAAUCUGGACAUGGACUAUGGCCGCAGGCAAUCUCAGACGCACAAGGAGAGCAUCGAUGCUGGAGAAUCCCACGGAUACACCACGGAUCGUCUGCCAGCCACGGGCGCCAGCCCCAGCAUCAGUAUCUUGUCGCAACAGAGCUAUGGCCACCAAGAACCCAGAUCACAAACAUACCCCAAUGGCCCGCUUCCUCGCCCGCCUCUUUCGGACGCCCUUAUCCAAUACAGCGGUCAACAUCAACACGGCGAGCCACAGCGUGGCUACAGUCAGCAUGGUCAACACCAGCCCGUACACCGCCGGGAUACCUACCCUCCUAACUGGUAUCCCCUAGAUUCAUACUGCCCACUACCGGAACACCGUCACGCGGUCUACCCUCAAACCGGACCUCAGCAGAACCACUACGAGCAGCGUGCCCGCAGCGAGCGCACGCGCUAUCCUCAUCCUUGGGGGAGCCAAUCUGAUUCUGCUGUGAGCCCUCGGGGCGGCGAUGGGGGCAAGAAUAAGAGGCGUGGCAACCUUCCCAAGGAGGUAACGGAGAAGUUGUAUGCUUGGUUGUACGGCCACCUAAAUCAUCCUUAUCCGACCGAAGAUGAGAAACAAAAGAUGAUGAGAGAAACUAAUAUGCAGAUGAACCAAAUUUCGAACUGGUUCAUCAACGCCCGUCGCCGCAAAGUCCCGCUCCUUAUCGAACAGGCAAAGGCCGAGACCGAGGCCGCGAAGCAUUAUCGUGCCAACGCAACACCCAUCGCCCGCCGAACUCGAACGGUUUCGGUAUCCCAUACGAGACACUACAGCCGCUCAGGCCCCGGCCGUGGCGUUCCCAGCCGCCGCGGCCGCAGCGCUAGUAUCGAGCCGUCAAUCAGCAACCUUCUCAACCUUCCCAAAUCUGAGGAGGACGUCCGACCACCGCAGUAUGCCGCUCCCAUGAGCGACAGCGGCGUGCUUGAUUACAGCAGCCGUGAGAGCUCCGAGUCCUAUGAGAUGGAUCCUCAUUAUCAGAGUUAUGGACACGGGCAUAAGCAUGGGCAUGGGCACCAUGCAAGCAUUUAA